CGUCCUGCGGUGUUUCCCGCAGCUUGUUGGAGACCACCGAGCCGUCAUGUCGCUGCGGUUUACGGAUGAAGAGUUUCAGAGCGCCUGGAAGGAGCUGGAUGAGCCGCAGCUGGAGGGAGGAUGGGAGCUCUUUACCGAGACGAUGGGAGUCAAAAUCUACCGGCUCUACGACAAGGAAACUGGACUUUAUGAGUACAAAGUCUUCGGUGUGCUCGCCACCUGCACUGCAGAGCUGUGUGCAGAUGUCUACAUGGACCUGACGUAUCGGAAACACUGGGACGGAUAUGUGAAAGAGCUCUAUGAGAAGGACUUUGAUGGAGAGUCGGCCAUCUACUGGGAAGUGAAAUAUCCCUUCCCGCUUUCAAACAGAGACUACGUGUACAUUCGGGAGCGGAGGGACCUGGAUGUGGACGGCAGGAAGAUCUGGGUGAUCCUGGCCAGAAGCUCCCCACAGACGGCGUGUGCGGAAAAGAACGGCGUGCUGCGCGUCAAAGACUACAAGCAGAGCGUCGCCCUGGAGAGCGACGGAGGCUGUGGAACUAAAGUUUUCAUGAACUACUUUGACAACCCUGGUGGGAUGAUCCCUACGUGGCUGGUGAACUGGGCAGCGAAGAGCGGGGUUCCAGGUUUCUUAACGGACAUGCAGAAGGCCUGCAGCACCUACGAAAGCUACUGCCAGAAGAAAUGAGCGCAACCGACGGGAAAGUGGCUCGAGGGCUGUGAUCAGUUUUUACUGCUGUUGCUUUAGUUUUGGGAGGUAUUUUAAAGGUGUAUAAUUAAAUUUGACUCCUCUGUAUGAGGUGAAUGUGCCAUGGCGUGGGCCGCUACUGGUAGCAUGCUGUUGACUCAGGCAUGACGUGCACGAAGCGGCCGGCCUCAUUAAAAAGCUGGUGCGAAUCAGUUCUGUUCCAUUGUGCUGUAUCAACCAUCUCUGUGUUGUCUUGUUUGUACAAUCUCCUUGAGCUCCAGGGUUUAGGAGCUUUCAUUGGAUUUUUUUCUUUUCACAAAGUGUGUUUAGUAAAUAUUCUAAUUCGUUCUUCCUUUGGGUCCUAUGUGAUAAAACUGUUUAUUUUUCUUGUUUUAAAUUACUGCUGUUGAAUUGAAAUAUUCCAAUAAGUUUACAUUUGUUGUAGGUCUGCUCACACUGGAAUCUUUUCAUUGUCUGUCUUGUCAAACUGACAAAAUCGUUUAGGGGGUUUAUUACUGAUCUGAUGCAAAAAUGCAUAUGGAGAUACUUGAUUGUAGGCUCUACUGAUUCAGUACCUCUGUUUUCCUGUUGAUAUAGGUGAACACGAUCUGAUCAUGAAUUGCCUAUUACUGUGUAAUAUUGCUGUGGUAUUUUCCCAAAUAAACUUUCAUUUCACUUUU